AUGCGUACCCGUAUCCCGCGACCAUUACUGUCAAAGAUUACUUAUCCGGCCAAGUUUACGGCCGAGUCGGAAAAUUCUGAUACAGAAUUUUUCCUGUGUCCGGAGAAGAUUAAGAACCUCCCCGACGGAAAGCCCAUCAUCACGGGCGUCCAGGAGAGUUACCAGAUGCACGAUAACGUCAAUCUCAACUGUACCUCCUUCCACUCCCAACCGGCGGCUGAACUCACCUUUUACAUCAACGGUGGACAGGCUGACCCCUCAUGGCUUGUGCGUUACACACCUCACGAAGACCCGACUACCGGCCUCGAAACGUCCAUGUUGGGUCUGAAGUUCCCCCUUUGGCCGAGACUCUUCCGGAGGGGCAGCACCGUCACCGUCAAGUGCACGGCGUCCAUUCUCAAUAUGUACUUCGACAGCAGCGAGGCCAUCAUUCAGAGUGAUAUGCCUUACCACGCCUCCAUCAUGGAAGGGCGUGCGGCUGCUGCUACGGAUUCUAUAUACACAAGGAGCAAAGUCCUGAGUGUGGUCGUCUGGACUCUCCUUCUCCUAGCGAUUCUCCACUAGCGCUGAGGGACGCGAGUGCAAAGGGAAAGUGAUGGAAACAAAGAGAUAAAUGGAAAAAAAAGAAAGAAAGAAAGAAUGAAUACCAGUGUAAUGGAAGAAAAACUGUCUUUGUCGAGUGCUAUAUAUAAAUCAGGGAGGUAAUUUAAAUUUUAAGUUUUAGGAAGUUGAUAAUGAUGAUAAACACAUGUCAGACUUGAACACUCUGGAUAGCAAAAUGAGAGUGAAAAAAAAAAGAUAUAUAAACUUCAUUAUGAAGAAAAAUGUACGACGAUACUUGGUUUCUUAUGUUAAAGUAGUGAAUAUUCAAGAAAAAAACAUAAUGCUUGAUACUCAUACUAGUCAAAUACAUCUGGUUCAGUGAAUGAUGCUAAAGAUAAAUGGAUAAAAUUAAAUAGAACUAAACAAAAUUGGACAAAAAUAUAAAAUAUAUAGAUGGGGGAGGGGGGGGGGACGAGGAUCAAAGAAAAAGCCAUAUGAAACAAAAUGUAAAUAUUUUACGUCCUCCCCUGUUUGUGAACGCGCGGGUGAUUGAGCGAGCGUGUGUGUGUGUGUGUGUGUGUGUGUGUGUGUGUGUGUGUGUGUGUGUGUGUGUGUGUGUGUGUGUGUGUGUGUGAGGAAGUCCAGGAACCUAUGACGCCCAAGCCAGACCACGCCCACUGUGAGGUUGCUAUGAGGGCGUGUAUCAUUAUUUUUUAUUGAUAAAAAAGAUAAAAAACAAUAGAUUGUAGGAAUUAAGAUAGCUUUAAGGCCAUUAUUAUUAUUAUACUAUUAUUUAUUGUAUAAAAAGAAAGAAAUUUUAUCUUUUUACUAUAAUUAUAUAUUCAUAACUUAAUGUUUAGAGAAGUCAUUUUAAGUCCGAUGUGUUUGGAGUCGGUAGAGAAAUUGCAGAGAUAUCGAGAACAGGAAGGCAAGCACCUACUCAACGGGUGGUUCGUUCGGAAUUACUUUCUAUCGGUUUUAUUUUCUGAGUUUGUCAGCCUCUCCUUAUACAUACACGCACACGCA